CUAAGCAGUGGGGUUGGUUCUUUGGGGAGGAAAGAAUGGUGAUUGGCUCCGACCCAACAAGAGAGAUCAGCAAUCACGUAAGAAAGACUCGGCCUUUACCACGAUGAUGAAUGUAUACGAUUGCGAUGUUCAUUGGGUAGAGGUAAAAGAAGGCAGAAAAAGUAGCAAAGGAUGUGUAGAAAAAGCACGCAGGAGAGAGAGAGAGAGAGAGAGAGAGAUGGGUCCUCUAUUGUGAGGUGAGAGAAUCUUGAGGCUAUCGGCAUUUUCUGAAGCAUUUUCACUUUCGUUGCACCUUCGCCAUUGGAACUUUUGGUUGCAACCGUAAAUCCCACAGAUUCUCGGGCAGAAAUUUUGGGUGCUGUUCAUUUUCUUCUCUUUCGUUCUUGGCUUGAAAUAGAUUCUUUUGUUUUUCUCUGCAUGCCCGGUAAUGCUCUGUUUUUCUUUGUCUUAUGAUGUUGCAUUUUCCUUAAAAUAAUGGUAAUAAUAACAGCGGGUAGUUUUUUUGAAUAUUUAAGGUUGCGUGUCAAAUCUGCUCUUUCUCCUCCUCCUGAUUUUUCAUGCCAUUAAUACCUUUCUGUGGUUGGCUUUUGGUUCUGUGUUUUAUGCGGCUUCCAGAUUCUUCUGAUUUUAUUGCAGGGGGAUUUCACCUACCCAUUUUGCCCUCAAAGCUAGCAGGAUGGCCUAGGAUUAUUACUUAUACAACGAAGAAGUCUCGCGGUUUAUGAGUUGGUGGGAAAUUCUGGAGGUCGGGUUUGAAGUGUUUCUUGGAGCUCUUGUUUCAUCUCUCCGUUGAAAGAAAGAUUCUGAAGGAGGAAAGGUUGUGAAAAAGAAAAUGGAAGAACCGAUGGCAACAAGAUAUUGGUGCCAUAUGUGCUCUCAGACGGUAAACCCCAUCAUGGAGGUUGAGAUCAAAUGCCCGAUUUGCGAAGGCGGCUUCAUUGAGGAAGUAGAGGCUGGCACGGGGGAUAGUCAGGGACAUGAUUCCGACUUGGGAUCAGAUCAAGCACUCUCGCUUUGGGCCCCAAUCUUGCUCGGCAUGAUGGGCCAUCCCCAUCGCCGCCGGAUAUCGAGACGUUUGGAGUUUGAUGACGAGGAUGAUGAUAACGAAGAUGGCGAAUUGAGCCAUGAAGGGGAAACCGAAUUGGACCGAGAAAUUGAAUCCAUAAUCCGAAGGAGGAGGAGAAGCUCUGCUACUAUUCUGCAAUUGUUGCAAGGCAUUAGAGCUGGAAUCGCUGCGGAAUCUGACGAUGCAAACGGAAAUAGAGACCUAGACAGAGAAGAUGGAGAGAGGGACAGAGAUAGAGAUAGGGAUAGAGAACAAGAGCGGAUAAUCUUUGUCAAUCCUUUUAAUCAAACUAUCAUAGUUCAGGGUUCAUCCUAUGAUUCAACACGGAAUGAGAACACCAUUGGUUCACUUGGUGAUUAUUUCAUAGGCCCUGGUUUAGAUUUGUUAUUGCAGCAUCUGGCAGAAAAUGAUCCCAACAGGUACGGGACUCCACCGGCGCAGAAAGAGGCAGUGGAAUCAAUGCCCACUGUAACAAUCAAGGAGAACUUACAAUGCUCUGUUUGUUUGGAUGACUUUGAGAUUGGAGCAGAAGCAAGGGAAAUGCCUUGUAAGCAUAAGUUCCAUAGUGCGUGCAUAUUGCCUUGGUUAGAACUUCAUAGCUCUUGUCCCGUUUGCCGAUUUCAGUUGCCUGCUGAUGAGGCCAAGCUCGAUUCUGAUGGGUCUAGAAAUGGCAACAACAGAAGGCAGAGGGAGAGAGAGAGCGAAAAUGGUCAUGAAAGUGGUGAAGAUGGAAAUGGCGAUGAAAGAAACGGAAAUAACGGGAGGUUGUCCAUUCCGUGGCCUUUCAGUGGCUUGUUUUCGUCGUCGGGAUCUCAAUCCGGUGGAGGGAAUUCUCCAUCGUCCUCAUCAGCAUCCCAGGCAAACGGCCAUGAGAGCUCUUCAUAAACGGAUCAAAAUUAAGCGCAAAGUUCUUAACAAACAGAUGAGGCCUUAGCAUACUUUUUUGAGUAUUCGACUUUUGUUGUUACUCUAUGCUGUAUAUUGCCUGAAGUUCUUGCAGUCGCUACUUGCUAGUGUAUAUAGUUUCUCGCUUUACGAACUCUGAUUCGUAAUGAGCAGAUUGUGGUUACUUCUUUUCCCUCUUCUUCCUUUGCACGUAUGUACGUCUUUGAGCCUUGUUAACUUGCCUUGGCAUCA